AUGGAACCAACAUCAUCAACAACCUUCAUUAAUGGCAGUACUACAACAUCAUCAAGUACUCGAUGUGGUUCUACUUCUUCCAAGCAGAUACCGACGGAGGAAGAAGUGAAAUCCUCUAAUAUUCCAUCAAUAACAAUAUCAGAUAGAAACAAUGAUAUUUCAUCAAACAAAUCGGCAUCAUCAUCGCCCAAGAAUGAGACAAACAACAAUAUGAUUUAUUCCAAGAAUUACAACUCCAAAGUAGAUCAUCCUAAUCAACCACAAGAAGAAGCCAUCGACGAUAUGAUGGUAAAAAUAUUCACCCAUAAGAAUGUCAUUGUUGUGGUCUUUUCUUGCAUUUAUGUAUGCUCAUUGAUGUAUACUUAUUCAGCAAAAGGUUGGCAGGGCACUAUGCUGAAUCUCUUUCUUACAUUGGCACAAAUGUAUCUCAAUAAGAAUAAUAUCAAAUCUACAAUGUCAUUGGACUUUGCUAAGGCAGACAGUUCGGAAAAACCGCGACUGAUAGUUUCAUUAGCAAUCUUGACAGUGAGAUAUUUCAUCUUUCCUAAAAACAAGAUUACAUUCAUUCCUCCUACAUUUAUGUGGUUUGUUGGGGCCAAUAAGAUGUAUGAUGAACACAAUAAUUUCUGGGGAUUAUUGCCAGUCUACUAUUUGACCUGUCUUUAUGGAGGAGUUGGUAUGGUGAUAACUUUUAGAGAAUUGAUAGAGAAUGGAUUUGAUACCUUUGUGGACUCGUUGUGUGAAACUGUUUCACUGACAUGUUGCAUUUGGAUAUUUACUUAUUAUCGAGUCAAUGUGACUGGUUAUUUGAAACAAAAAGUUGAAAUUUUGGAGGAAACAAGUAUGAAGCUUGAAAGUGCUCUUGCUUCGAAAAAUACAUUUAUGGCUCACAUAUCUCAUGAAUUUAGAUGUCCACUGCUCUCAUCUUUGGGAAGUCUCGAGUUAUUGAAAGAGACUUAUCUGAGUGUAAAGCAAAAUGAAUUAGUGGAUAUGAUCAUUUCUUCCAAUAACGUUCUACUCAUGUUGAUUGAAGAAAUUUUACAAUUAAUGAAAGUUGAAUUUGAUUCGCGGCAGAAGAAUGCAACAGAGCUAAUCAAGGCAAAUUUUAAAAAGUUCAGUUUGGGUGAAUGCCUAAAAUCAUUACAAAAUAUUGUUACUGGGUAUUCGAAUCAUUUCUCUGUGAAUUUGAAGUUUGAUUUUGAUCAAGUGAACCACAUUCACGUGAUAUCUAAUCCAUCAAGUUUACAUCAAAUUCUUUCAAACUUGAUCACUAACGCCAUUAAGGCAUCCAAAAGAGAUGACACUGUCGAACUGACAGCAAGUGUUAUUGAAACAGUUCAUGAUGAAACACAAGAAUCAAUCGUUAAAAUUCAAUUCAAAGUUACUGACUAUGGUUAUGGUAUUCCAGAAUCAAAGUUAGAUGCCAUUUUUGAGCCAUUUGUUCAAUUGCACAAUGUAAAUGAAUCACAUGUGCCAUCAUCAGGUCUUGGCUUAACAACAGUUUUACAAUUUAUUCAACAAAUGGAAGGAACAAUCCAUGUAGAAUCUCAAAUUGGAAAAGGAAGUACCUUCACAGUUACUCUUCCCUUGAAAGUACUCAAGAAUGAUUCCCCAAAAGGUGUCGACGAAUAUUCUGAUUGGGAAAAUAGUGGAGCCAAGAUGAGCUUUACAGUUCAGCAACGAUACCUUUCUCUAAUCUCCAAUGUACAUGAGCUGAGUGAUGAUCACUCCUCAGAUACCUCAUCCAUUACUGAUUCAAAGUUCAAUAAGAUUAUCAUUGCAGAGGACAAUAUUAUUAACAGAAAAGUUAUUUUCAAACUAGUGGAAAGUAUUGGAUAUUCGGCCGAUUUAGUAACAGAUGGAAGGGAGUUAGUGGAUCAUUUCGACAUUCACCAUCACAAAUUGGUCAUUACAGAUUUAAACAUGCCAAAUAUGAAUGGAAUUCAAGCAGCUCAGGAAUUAAAGAAGAGACAUGGAAAUGCAGCCAAGAUUAUUCUAUUAACAGGUAAUUCAGCCAUCGAUAUUAAAUCCCUCAACGGCAUUGUUGAUGGAUUAGUACAGAAACCAUGUUCUAAAGAGGAUUUAAAAAAGUGCAUUUCUCUCUAUUGCGAAGAUUAA